CUGGCAAACCAAUCAAUUAAUGUGUCCGCCAAUUAGAGCGGGGAAGCCCCGCCGAUGUCCAAUUGACACCGUGCGUUCCAAAUGCUGUCCGUAUGUACACGUAGGCUGACCGGGCCGUAUUAGAAAUGCACACAGGCGGCUGAAGCUCCCAGCUGUGCGCCCACAGCAGUACAAACAGUCGGAGAAAAAACACCCCGAGGUCCGGACGUGAGCAGAGCACAGCUCCCUCCUCACAACAAAACAACCAGCAUGCAACAGGGCAGCAACUUCUCCAUAGCCUCUCUCAUCGAGAACGGCAAGCGGGACGCCAAAUCACCUUCUGCGGGAGACCGCGACACGGACGCCGAGGACGACGUCUGCGACGAUUCGGUACCCAAGGACUCGAACCUCGACGAUGUCAACGAGUCAACUUCACAAAAGGACCCAUCUAGCCCCCUGGUAGGUUCCGAUUCAGGCAAGACUGACGCUGAUUAUCAGAAUGCGGCCCCAAAACCGACAAUAUCCGCACAGAAUUGUAUAAAUCCGAGGAAGACGAGCAAUAGUGGGAGCGGAACGAACGAUUCACAGAGUGGGGCUGCAUCGGGAGAGGGUACCAAGAAACCCGCGAUCUGGCACCCGUGGAUUGACACGCCGGAGAGAGAGGACGAUGAGGAGGAAGAAGAGGAAGAAGAGUCAGGGGAGGUCGUCAUUGACGAGAAGGAUGGAGAUAGUAAAGUAGAAAUCGGUGAGCCGACAGGCGAUGAAGAAAAGCCUGAAGACACGGCUGAAGACGGCGAGCAGAAGAGCAAGGAAGGAGGCGAAGUCGAUCCCGAGAAGUGUUCUGCCAAUAACUCGGUCGGUAAAAACGGCAAGCGGAAGCGGGGAGCGGGGGAUCCCGGGCGGUCGGGCAAGCCGCGGCGGGCGCGCACAGCCUUCACGUACGAACAGCUGGUGGCGCUGGAGAACAAGUUCAAACAAACCCGCUACCUGUCCGUGUGCGAGAGGCUGAACCUGGCGCUGUCUCUCAGCCUGACCGAGACUCAGGUCAAGAUCUGGUUCCAGAACAGGAGAACCAAGUGGAAGAAACAGAACCCCGGGAUGGACGUGAACAGCCCCACCCUCACCUGCUCCUCCCCCACCCUCCCCCUCAGUCUCCCCGCGGGGUACCCACACCACAACCCGUUCUACGCCUCCCACCUUCACUACCCCAUCACCACAGGAGCCGCUACCUUACCGUACAUGCUCAACUCACACGCGCUGAACGGACAUCACUUAUAUCACCAUAUCGGACAUGUAUGAACAUCAACCGCUACACGGGGUCAUUU